CUUGCCCGUGUGUGUGAGUGAGUGAGGGGGGGGGGGCAUAAAUGUUUAGGUAGCCCUGUGAGGAUGAUGAGAAGAAAGAAGGAGCAACUGAGUGGAGCAUCACCCUUUGACUUCCUUUAUCCACGGGAGAAUCCAAUUCAGCUUGGACCUAGCCACGUGCAAUCCUGUAGACCUAAAGGAACCAACUCGCCUCUGCGCUAAAUUAACGAUACACAAAGCAGCUCCCGCGUUGAUUGCAAGACAGGAGUUUCCCGCUGAAGUUGGCAGACAGGGAAAGAGUUGCAAUUGGAAGGGGCUCUGAAAAGUCAUGAAUGUGAGCAGAGACAAGACUCAGGGGAGUGACAUCUCUAUCCCAGCAGUAGCAGCAGCAGAAAGCCAGGCUGGCAUUGUAGUGGAGCCAGUGUCCGGCUGCCUUCACGGGGAAAGCAUGGACAGCCACGGGGACCAGAGACUUUCUUCCAGCAACGACCUCCCAGUCUAUUCGUGUCCUGGAAAUAGAGACAGGCCAGGCGACAAUCAGAGCAACACCCCUGGACAAGAGGGGGCAGUGGCAGCCCUACCCGUGGUCCACAGAACCACCUCUUUUUCAGUGCUGGACAUUCUGGAUCCCAACAAAUUCAACAGCAAAAAGCGGCAAUGUUCUGUGUUGUACAAACCCGCAGGGAGCGAAUUCACUCUAGGGGCAGAGGAUAAACCCGAGGAGUCAGGAAUGGAACUAGCAGAUCAAAAGGCUCUGAGUGAAGAUUUUGAAACGUGCAAAAAGUCCUCGGACUUACUCAAGGAUGGGGAGCUGUACAAGGCCGAGGAGUGCGACCUGGACUACAGCAGCAGGCCCAGCCCCAGCCCGGAGAGCGAGCUACAGGACGAGGAGGAGCUGUGCAGCGAGGAGAGCAGCAGCCUGGGCGGCGUGGCGGGGUCCGGCGAGGCAGAGCCCGGCCACCACCCCGAGGACGGGGAGCCAGGCAGCCAGCAGCCGCCGCCGGCCCAACCUCCUGCCCCGGGCGGGGGCCCGCAGGCCAAGCCCAAGAGGAAGCGCACGGGCUCGGACUCCAAGUCGGGCAAGCCCCGGCGGGCGCGGACCGCUUUCACCUACGAGCAGCUGGUGGCGCUGGAGAACAAGUUCAAGUCCACGCGGUACCUGUCGGUGUGCGAGCGCCUCAACCUGGCGCUGUCGCUCAGCCUGACCGAGACCCAGGUCAAGAUCUGGUUCCAGAACCGCCGCACCAAGUGGAAGAAGCAGAACCCGGGCGCCGACACCAGCGCCCCGACGGGCGGCGGGGCAGGAGGCGGCGGGGCCGGAGGAGGCCUGGGGGGAGGCGGCCUGGGCGGGGGGCUGAGCCCGCUCAGCCACUCGCCGCCCAUGGGCAACCCGCUCUCUAUGCACGGCCCCGGGGGCUACCCGGGACACCCCACCGGAGGGCUGGUGUGCGCUGCCCAGCUGCCCUUCCUGCCCAGCCCCGCCGUCCUCUCGCCCUUUGUCCUGGGCUCGCAGACUUACGGGGCUCCGGCCUUCUACACCCCGCACCUAUAAACCUACCUCCCCCCGCCCCGGGACUGCGAGCCGCUGGAGCAGCAGACCCUGGGAAGGAUACGACGCGCCGCGCCCUCUGAGUUCUCCCUGCGCGCUCAGAGCUCCCAUUCGCCCCAGUGGGAUGGGUACUACGCGCCGCGCCCGCUCUGAGUUCCCCUGCGCGCUCCGAACUCGCAAUCACCCCAACGGGCAAGAGACGCCCCUGAAUUCCCUCUGCGCGCCUGGCUCCUCCAGAAGCCAAGGGACAGCCCCGCGGACUGCAGUGAACAGAGGACUUCACAAAGCAACAAUAAACUAUUAUUAUUAAUAAUAAUAGUUUAAUAAUAAAAAUAUAUAUCCAUCCCCGCCCUCCCACCCCUAAAACAGUCACCCGCCUGAGCUCAACUCCUGACGAACUCGACGCGCUUUCUCUAGCCCUUGAGUUUGGGGGGCAGGGGCAUUAGAGGGAAAUGGGUACUGCGGGGGAGGAGAGAGUUGAUGAAAUCGCAUUUCCCAAAUAAAACUCUUGUUCGGCCUUUUGUUUUUUAAAAGCCCCCCCCGCUGAAUAGUUCCUUUCACCCCAGUUAUUAUUUAAAACGAGCAAAACUCUUGGGAGCGAGGUUGGCUUCCGCCUUAGAACCAGCAGGAACUUUGGCAAAGGAACCCGGCACCAUCCUAACACCGUGGGAACGCGGCCGCUGGACGGGACACUGAGGCUCGCGGGUGGCCGGGGAAAACCGUGAGUUGCAAUGUCAAAGGGCGGCAGCCGGGUUGGCAAAGGCUGGCGCCGAUCUGAACGCCCCAUUCUCGCUAGGCGAGCAAGAGCUGUCUGUCCCCAAUUCCCAUCCCUUCCUCCCCACGGAGACACAGCAACAACUUUUCAUCUGGCCUACAAUCAUUUCUACGACCCUUUUUAUACACGCCGUGUCCGGAGUUGGUUUCUGGGAGGGAGGAAGAAGAAAGAGACAAAAUCCUCCCGCUUUCCUCUUUGUAAAUAGACGUAGCUGUAAAUCAUCGUUAUCUGUAUUUUUUCACUGUUCCUUGUUUUUUGUCUGGCCACUUGUAAAAGACUUGAAAAGAUUAUGUACCCAUUUGACUCUCAGGGUAAAAUAGAAAACUGUAGGCUUGUCACUUCGCCACAUUGUUGGUAAGACAAUGGGUUAUUUUCUUUCGCGUUCUCACGAUUUUUUCAUACUUAAAAAAAAAAAACGACUAACAGGUAAAAAUCAAAUCAAAUCAAAUCCACGGACCGCGAAAGGAGUCAUGUCUGGUCAGUACCAGGUGGAGAGAGAGACAUUUAUUGGUUGCAUUUUUUUACAUUAAUCAUCUAUGUAUAUUUCUGGUUGUUACGAAAGUUUUAACUUUAUAAUUAAUGUAUAAGGUAUGGGAAGAAUGGGGGUCCAAAAUUAUAGAGAAAGAGAAAGCACUUUGUUUGCUAAACACUUUAAAUCACUCAAUAAACUUUAAGUAAACAGU